UAAAUAGGUACCUCUUCCGCAUCGUUGACUCGAACCAUUUCUGUAUGGCUUAUUAAACGAAUGGCUGCAAGUCCAUAGAACAGCAUAGGAAGGCCUGUGACAAAUACGGAUUAAAACACUUACAGAUUCUAUUUCCUGAGGGCACUCACCCAAAUUAAUAACUUUAAGGAAUCGAAAGAAUUUAUCCUCUAUCGAGAGAUCAGCUACCUCACGUUUGCUGCAGUGGUAUUUUAUGUACGGAUAACAGCCUGUACGUAAUAUAUGAAUAUCUAUAGACGUUCGCUCGUACUGUGCUCACUUUAACAAAAUAUGAUGUCCAAAAUGGCUCAUGGCAUUGUUUUAAAUAAGCGCUCAGCACUUCUGAGGCUCGAGGCUUCAACAAAACUCGCAUUAUCGUUCAAUUUGCCCGCGUAUGCUCGGUGUUUUUCAAUUUCAACUUUCCGCAAAUGUCCAGUAGAAAAUAUCAUAACCGAGCACUUUAAUAUGUUACCAAUACAAAAUGAACGUAUGUUACAAUACAAGGCGGGAUCUGAUGAACGCAAUCAGUUGAAGGCUGAACUUAAGACAAUUCUUAAUAAAAUAGAGCCGGUCCCAAUCGUAAUAAACGGCAAGGAAAUUUUUAAGAAAUGUGAGCUUGCUCAAAUAAUACCUUACAAUAUAGAACAUUUUAUUGCACGUUACUCCCACGCAAAUAGAGAAUUAAUUGACCGGGCUAUUAGUUCGGCUACUCAAGCACAGCAAAAAUGGGAUAAAACAACGUUAAGGGAGCGUAUGGCCAUUUGGGAGAAAGCUGCUAAUUUAAUUGCUACGAAAUAUCGUUUUAAGAUUGUUGCAGCAACGAUGCUUGGCCAGGGGAAGACUCUGUGCCAGGCGGAAAUGGAUCUCGUUGAACUGGUGGACUUUAUGCGCAUAAACCCUAUUUUCCUACGUGACCUAGCCAAUUACGAACCAGUUAACGGCCAACCAGAGUCGUGUCGAAACCAUAUGGUGUUGCGGGGACUUUCCGGAUUUGUAGCCGCCAUUAGUCCAUUCAAUUAUACCAGCAUAGCUGGAAACUUGGCAUAUACACCGGCCUUAAUGGGCAAUGCUGUGCUCUGGAAGCCUUCAGAUUCCGCUGUGUUGUCAAACUGGUAUGUGUUCCAGGCUAUGCGGGAGGCAGGCGUACCUGAGGGAGUUGUUAACUUCGUCCCAGCUGAGCCAACGGUAUUUUCUACGGCCGUUACUUGUAACCCUGACUUGGCAGGCAUUCACUUUACCGGUACUUCUGCGGUGUUGAAGUUGCUUUGGAAGAUGGUUGGACAGCGUAUUGAUACUUAUAAGAACUAUCCCCGAUUAGUUGGCGAUUGUGGUGGUAAGAACUUCCACUUUGUGCACCCGUCGGCAAAUCCAGAAGUUGCUGUAGCCUGUACCGUGCGAGCAGCGUUCGAAUAUGCUGGCCAAAAGUGUUCCUCCUGCUCUAUGCUGUACGUGCCCGAGUCGUUGUGGAAGACGAAAAUCGAGAAACCACUGCUGAAGAUUACCAAACGGCUGUUUGUUAGCGAUGCAACCUACUGUGACUGUUUUUACUCGGCGCUCAUUGAUAGGAAGGCCUAUCAUAGGCUUUUCACAUAUCUGAAGUACAUACAUAACAAUUCUGAAUGUAAAAUGUUAAUUGGCGGAACUUGCUCCAAGGGCCGUGGCUACUAUGUGGAUCCCACCAUUGUGCUUGUUGAAAAUCUCGAUGACUUUCUGUGCAAAGAGGAACUGUUAGGGCCUAUUCUAUGUGUCUAUGUCUAUCAAGAUGAGAACUUAUAUAGGAUAAUGGAUAAAAUUACUGAAGUGAAUCACGCUCUAACAGCUUCGAUCUUUGCUCAAGAUAAUCAGUUUAUCCGGAAGGCAUGCGAGAUAUUCAAGUCCAAUGUGGGCAACCUAAACAUAAAUGACAAGUGCACGGGUCUAAUGGUGGGUCAGCAACCAUUUGGAGCUGGUCAGUUAACAGGCAGCAAUGAGAAGCUGGGUAGUCCACAAUAUUUACUACGCUGGACAUCGCCGCAGGUCAUAAAGGAGUCAUUCGUUCCACAUGUCAACGUCUACUAUCCAUAUAUGGAGAUCAGCGAUAAUAUAUUAAAUAUAAAUAGAGAAACGACUGGCGUUGACUAUGAUAAUUCUGACUCUGAUGAUUAUCAUCUCAAAAAUCCGGAAUAAAUUCUUAGUUUGAUAUUGUAAUAUAA